AUGGCUGUAAGUGUUAGCUCCAAGAGAGCCUAUAACUGGUUCGUUUCCCUGGUUGCAGCGGCCUGCAUGGUGUUAUACGGCUAUGAUGCUUCCGUCUUCAACUCAGUCCAGGGCUCCAAGAAUUGGGUGGCCUACUUCAAUCACCCCAGCUCCCCCACUAUCGGCUCCAUCAAUACCGCUUACACCGUUGGUGCUAUCUUCGGAGGGUUCUUCUGCGGAGGUCCUAUCGCAGAUUUCCUCGGCCGCAAGGUUGGAAUGGCGACUGGUUGCGUCUUGGUUAUCAUCGCCACAUUCAUGCAGACUUUUGCACCUCGUCACAACCUCGCGUGCUUUAUUGCUGGACGAUGCAUCAUCGGAAUUGGGCAGGGCAUUGCUUUGACGGCUGGGCCAAUUUAUAUCGGCGAACUGGCACCUCCUGAGAUUCGGGGUCAGAUCAUGACGUUUUGGCAAAUGUUCUACUCGGUUGGGUCCUUCAUCUGUUUCUGGAUCAACUAUGCUUGCACCAAAAAUGUUCCCCAGCUGGGUGAAUGGGACUGGAAGCUGGUUGUCAUCUUCCAGCUCAUGGUUCCCAUUUUGAUUCUCGCUACUCUCCCGACCAUUCCUGGUAGUCCUCGCUGGUUCAUCAAGCACGGAAACAAUAUCGAAAAGGCGCGCGCCGCGCUUAUACGCGUACGAGACACCGAAGAAGAAGUCGAGGAGGAGAUUAUGCAAAUCCGCGAAGCCAUUGAGUACGAGAAGGAAGCCAUUUCAGGCAACUAUAGUGCUCUGUGGAAGGACAAGUCCCUUCGAAAGCGCAUGUACCUUGCGCUGGUUCUCAACGCUGGUCAGCAGAUUACCGGCCAAGGCUCGCUCAACUCCUACUCUACCAAGAUCUACUCGAAGAUUUUUACCAGCGACAGUAAGAUUGCUUUGAUCAAUGCUCUCAACGCCACCUUCGGAAUCUUGUUCACCCUUAAUGCCAUGUGGAUCGUCGAUCGCUUCGGACGUAAAAUCCUUCUGAUCGCCGGUGGCAUUGGUAUGGGAUUUUGCAUGAUUAUUGCUGCCGCCGUCGAAACCGAAACACCCACCAUGGCGAAUGGAGCUAAAACAGAGCCCGUCGGUAUUGCGAUCGUAUUCCUGAUGUUCUUAUUUAUUUUCUUCUACAAGCCGUCAUGGGGUGCCACCGUGUGGAUCUGGACCUCAGAGGUUUUCUCUAUGAACGUCCGCGCGCAAGCCGUCGGCAUGGCCUCGCAAACCCAGAACGUCGCCAACACUAUCUUCCAGCAGUUUUUCCCCACCUUCCUCGAUCAUGAUGGGUUCUACGCCUUCUACUUCUUUGCCGGAAUUAACUUCUUGUUGGCGGUCUUCGUCUUCUUCUUCAUUCCAGAGACCAAGAAGGUUACCCUCGAGGAGAUUGAUACCCUUUUCGGCGGUGCCAAUCACGUUGUGCAAGGAGAAGAGGUCCUUGCUCACCAGAAAGCUGUGCAGGCUCCUCGCCAAGUGAACGAGAAGCCUAGAUCGGUCGCUGUUGAGAACGUUGAGUACAAGUAA